GGGAAAGAUCUUGUAAAAUUGAAAGAAAAUACAAGUAGUCAGGUUUGAAUACUGCUGAAUUAAAUAAUUGACAUCGACAAUUUUGUCAUCAUCUAUAAAGUACAAUGUGUUGUUUCCUGGUAGAUUUAUUAGCAAUCAUAGCAGUAUUUUCUCUAACAAACGGGAGCCUGCUAGAUAUUCUUCCAAAAGGUCUAAAGGCAAAGGUGGAGAAAAACAUAAGACUUCCCCCAGUACUAGUUGAUGAUGGCUGCCCAAGCAGGUUUACACAUGGUUCUCCCCACAACAAUCUAUUAGAUGACUGUCACUACUAUAGUUGUAAGCAGGGGAACUAUACAAGGGAGAGAUGCCCUGAUGGCUUGCGUGUGGACAAUAGAUUCAAAAAUAUUUGGACCAAACGUAACAAAGGUCAAAUGUCACAACCAUGUACUGUAUAUUCCCAAAGGUGUAAAUUAACACUUGAAGAAAAAGGAGUAUGGGACCUUAAUACAGAAAUCUGUGGCAUAGAUGUUAUAUGGACCAUAGAUAUCAGCUGUUCAAUAGAACUUGGAGAUAAACUCAAAGUAAAGAGUUUCAUACGAGGUGUUAUGAGAAAGCUGCCUAUUAGACCUGGAUUUAUGCAAGUCGGUGGCCUGACAUUCUCCAGAGACAUCGCACAUAUUGGAUAUUUGGGACAAUAUAAAAAUCCAACAAUUACUCGGCAAAAGUUCAAGAACUAUACAGUCGUGCCAGAAUCGUGUGGAACAGCUACAUAUGAUGCUCUAGAAACUGCCAGAACCAUUUACCUCAGCACAGACAAAGGAAGACGUGAAGACAAAAAGGCUGUUCUUCUGAUGGUCACUGAUGGUUUCACUCAUCCAGCAUCUCGCCAGAAUGAAACAUUUCAUCAAGCUGAGCUUCUACACAAGAUUCCUGGUCUUGAAACAUUUGUGAUUGGUCUACCAAAUAUAAAACGCGAGGGACUAGAAGGAACAGAGGAAUGGGUGGCUAUUGCAAGCAAACCAGAAAAUGUUUUCUACCUAAAAACAUUUGAUGAAUUAAAAGAUAUUAUGAACACUAUCAUUCGUAAAUCUUGCGAAACACUGUAAUCUACCAUCCUUCUAUACAUUGUGUACAAUAAAUGAAUAC